CCUUGCCGUGCUCGAUUCGCCCUGUUGCCUUCAUUAUCUCGUCUCGCUCGGCACGUCCUGGACGCCGAAAAAGUAAGAAACUCGCGCUGGACAACGCGCAGAGUCAUCUUCCCGCUCAUCGAGCUCUCCUCGGAGCGACAAUUCAAGCACGUCGUCUACAACCUCGUGCACACCUCGCUCGAGGGCAUCAGCAAGUCUGGCUGGUCUACAUACCAAAAUAGAACGCUCCACAAUAUGCCUCGAGAUGUCCGGGAGGUAGACAGGCACCAAGACUCGGCUCCCGAGGUCAUCCUGACCGACACAGGCUUGCGCAAAGUUAAGCCGUAUUGGUACAACUACACCACUAUGGCGAAGGGUCGCUGGCUAGGACGGGAAAUUUUGGAGAUUAUCUCUACCGAGUUUAGGGACCGCAGCAUGGAGUACUACAGAUAUGCGCUCGAGUCCGGCGUGACUACUAUCAAUGGGAAAGUAGCAAAACCAGAUACUAUUGUGGAGAAUGGAGAUCGCAUAGAAAAUGUCGCUCACCGACACGAACCGCCUGUGACCUCGACUCCUGUGCGUAUAGUACACCACGACGCGGUGCGAGGAUUCAUCGUCAUAGACAAGCCUGGGAGCAUACCAGUGCAUGCGGCUGGACGUUAUUACAAGCAGUCGCUCGUGCAAAUUCUCAAGACAGAGAUGGGCUUCGAUAACGCGUACACUGUCAACCGUCUAGACCGUCUCACGUCUGGACUUAUGAUUCUGCCGUUAUCUGCACAACUCGCCCAUACGAUGGCUAAAGAAUUCGCCGCAGGAUCUGUUAAGAAGGAGUACAUUGCACGCUGCAAGGGCGAAUUUCCCGAGGGCGAAACUGUUUGUGAAGAACCACUUCUGACGGUGGAUCGUCAAAUGGGUCUCAAUGUUGUGCAUCCGGAAGGGAAAUCAGCGAAAACCAUCUUUACUCGCCUACACUACGAUGCAGAGACAGAUAGCAGUGUCUUGCAUUGUCGACCGGUUACUGGAAGAUCCCAUCAAAUUCGCGUACACCUCCAGUACCUUGGCUAUCCCAUCGCCAACGACCCUAUUUAUAGCGAUCAAACAAUAUGGGGCGAAAACCUUGGCAAAGGGGGUGUUGAUGUCACGCCGAGCGACACCCGAGCUGCACCCGUGGCACCCCCCGAGUUCCUGUUUGCUGAAGGCGAGAACCCCGAGUCGCUAUCCGACAAGCGGGCUCGAUCACAAAAUAACGCACCUGAGAACAUACCAAAGAACAAACCGUUGCCGCGAGAAACGGGGCACGACAUCGGCAUGGGUUCCCCCGUCCCGCUGUCUGCUGAAGCUGUUGAGAUUAUUACAAGACUGCGAAACCAAAAGGACAAGGAUGAGGACUGGGGCCGUUGGCGUGAUGUCGUCUUCCGUGUCAAGGGACGGCUGCGUCCGAAGUGCGUGCCUGCACCGCCGCCCCUGCCACCGCAGAACAGACGCCGCAGAGGUGGGCCUAUCUCUUUGUACCCGCCCGAGAACGAGAAGGUGGAGAUCGAGAAACAUCCGGACUCGGAGCAGCUCAAGUACUGCCCCGAGUGCUACCUGCCGCUGCACCCAGACCCGAAGCCGGAGCGGCUGUACAUCUUCCUACAUGCGCUGCGGUACACGACGAGCCUGGGCUGCUUCGAGACGGAGACGCCGGCGUGGGCGGCGAAGGGGUUCAAGUGGGACCGUGAUUGAAGCGCGUGUUCAUCGUGUUUGAAUUGCUGGUGGACAAGCACGCUGGGGCUACAUUCGUCUCGCGGUGAACUUUAGAUACUUCAUACCGUCUAGACCCUCCUCGGAAUAUUCAUGAUCUCUCUAGAAUUAGGCAUCACACGUUUAUUUAUCGUUCUGUCGACUGAACAGGGAAAUGCGGGGUCGUAGACACUACUAGGCGCGACCCGUCUCGACAGACGAGGCGAGAGGUAGUCAUCAUGGCGGUGCGCCUACACUGGGAUCCAAUAGAGCAAGUUCUGGUGCAUGACCCAACGAAAGUUUCAAAUAGUCAGUUUGAUCUUCAGCUUGUCAUCGUCAACAAUUUCCUGCUUCCG